AUGAUGGCGGAACUACCAAAGAUCAGUGAAAAGGAUCGGCAAGGGAUCGAAGUACGCACGGAGAUGAUGAAGAGGAGAAAUGUACCAUUUACAAGCACUAUCAGUGUUUACUAUGACUAUGGCCCUUUAGGUGAAGGAAAAAUGCCAACAACGACCGCCACGAUUAACUUCUGGCCGCCAAAGGAGGAGGAUUCGCAACAGCAACGAAACAUGGAAACAAAGCUUGAUGCCGCAAAGGCUGAAUGGAAGAGUACCGCUGGGUACAAGAAUCUACGGACUCUUCUUGCAGAGCUCAGUGAAAACGUUGAGGUCUCAAAAAUAGUCGGUCUAGGUCUCGGAUCCUUGAACAGCCUCAGUUUUGCCUCCGAGGAAAUCCAGUACCGUAACAGUGCUCGGUCCUAUACUCAGUUGGCAAUUGUUCUUGUUAUGCAAGAGGAACUCAAAUACAAGCCUAAGCUGAUCUUACAAGAUCCAGCCUAUGGAGAUAAUGAUAUCGAUUUCGUGACCAAAUCCGGCCCACCAGGGGGUGUACAAGUCACGAAUGAUCCUGACGGAUUCAACCUGAUUGAUGAUAAGACAAUAUUCUUCAAUAUAGGAGGUUACUCGGAAUUUUGGUAUCGCGUCCAAAAUGGUCUACUGCCAACCGUUAUUAUCACCGACCAUCUUGAAAUACGAGUUGGAGACAAGCCUAUGUUGAAACCACAGGAGGACUUACUCAAAAAGUACAAAGCUAGGGAAAUAGCCCCCAAGGGUGCUAAAGGCUUGGGUGUCAACAGGGCAACGAAGUUCUGGACAUUGUGUGGUUAG